AUGUGUUGUAACUGUUCCUUGGUAAGCACACAAGGGUGCAUUCUAAAAUACGAUGUGUUGGAUGAAAUCUCUACUGGAGACCACAUCAAAACAGUCAAUUUCUCAGUUUUCUUUAACGUGGACGAGGUGGAGGUAAAAUGCACGUGUGCAUUGUUUGAGACGAGGGGGAUUUUAUGUAGACAUGCCCUUAGAGUUUGUCAGCUGAAGAAAAUAAACGUGCUACCAUCAGUAUAUGUCUUGGAUCGUUGGAGAAAGGACUUAAAGAGGAGAUACACAUUACUCAGAACUAGUUACGAUGACCAACGUGACAAAUCUGACAAACGGAAUUAUGAGCUUGUGGUCAAGAGGUGUUCAAAAUUAGCAACUAAAAUUUCCUCAAAUAAUGCAAAAGUUAGUGCAUUCUUGCGUGUUGUUGAUGAGUUUGACUCAAAAUGUGAAAGUUCAACACCAGAGCUGGAGUGCGGACAAACGACUGCGCUACCAAAUGUGGACUUGGGAAAAGGAAAGAAGAAGAUAUUAAGCCCUAACGUGGUUCGGGGGAAAGGGAGACCCCCAAGUAAGAGGAAGGUUCCACCCGUAGAAAAGAUUGCAACAAAGAGAAAGAAACCGACUUGCAGGAAAAUUUUGGUAGAUGCAACAGAAUUGGGCGACAACCCUGGAUCGGUACAACACACAUUUGAUGUUGGUGCUGUUUCGAUAGAAAAUGUCAUUCUGUCACAAUCAACUCCACAAAAUGAGACAUGUCUUUCAGACUUGUAA